CGUAGAAAAGGUAAAGAUUCUCGGUACUGUGUCGUUCCUGUCUGUUGUCUGGACGCAAAUGGCGUUGGUACUACGGCCUCCUGGGUGCUUCGGCUCGCUGCCAAUCGUACGAGGUUGAAAAACGAAAAUUUCAAAACACUGCAAAGAUGACAGCUGAUUCUGACAAGGAUUGUACACACUGUUUGAUAUGUAAUAGUAAAGUUGGUGUUUCCACUAGGAACAGUGUUAGAAUCUUUAGUGGGAAUUCAGUGACAGCAUCAGAGAAGCCCCUUGUUGAUACGAUAUGUUCUGUUUUGGAAUUGGAGUUAACUGAACAGAAUACACACUCUCUAGUUAUUUGUAAAAAAUGCUAUAAAUUAUUUAAUGAGGUGGAUGAAUUAGAGACAAGAUUGUCAGAAAUAAGGCUUGAAAUAUUUACUAAUUAUAAAAGAACUAUAGCAAAAAUUUCUGGUGUUCCUCAAGGUGAUGACGAAUGUAACGAUCAUGACUAUGUUGACAACUCCGAAUUGCAAAAUACAGGUGAUCCUACUGUAAAGUUUAGUCAGAAAUUGAAGAAGAAGAUUGUGGAAGUUAAAACCCCGUUGAGCCCUGAAAAUGUUUUGCUGGAAGAGAAAGAAGAUCGCGAAGAGCAAGAGGAAGAAGAAGUACUAGAACAGGUCGAAGAACCAGAACAAAUCAUUAUAAAAGUCGAAGCUUUAUUAGAUCAAAAAGAUCCUGAUGAUAAAUCAGAAUUUAGAAAGAGUAAAAUAAACAUUAAGCAAGACAACAUGCAAGAUCAGCAAUUGGUUUUAAGAAAUGACAACGAGUAUACUUGUCUUUUAUGCCCGGACGAGGAAAAAUUCACUGGCGAUCCAAAGAUGAUAAUUAGCCAUCUGAAAACUAUUCAUGACGCUCGCCUUUACAUUUGUGACAUUUGCGGUAUGGUCUUUCGUAAACGGAACAAACUCUCUGUUCAUCUGGAUGAUCAUGUAGCCAAGGAGGAAGGUGAUUUCCAGUGCGAGAUAUGCAAUAGGAUAUUUAGUAACUUACGACUGUUUAGAAUUCACAAGCGUAUCCACUAUCCACAAGCCAAAUCCUGGCCCUGCGAGACCUGCGGCAAGAGAUACAGCUCGCGAAAUUUAUUGGAGGAACAUAUUAAUACACAUACUGGGGUGCGACCGUACGUGUGUGAAACAUGCGGUAAAGAUUUCGCAUCUAAGUAUACGUAUAAGGCGCACAUAAAGACGCAUGAAAUUCGGCCAAGGCCUUUUGAAUGUACUCAAUGCAAUAAGACAUUUCUGAGCCAGCAAAAUCUUAAUCAGCAUGAAAGGACGCAUAAUGGCGUCAAGGAAUAUAUAUGUCAUCAAUGUGGCAAAGCAUUUGGUUCACCACACAAUUUGGAAGUACAUAAUAUUGUGCACACUGGCUACAAACCCUACAUAUGCAGAAUGUGUGGUAAGGCUUUCGCGAGAAAAGCCGAAAUAAGAGAUCAUGAAAGAACUCAUACUGGCGAAAAACCGUACCAAUGUGAAUUUUGUGGAGCGACAUUUAGCCAAAGGUCGAAUUUGCAGUCACACAAACGAGCAACGCACUACAAUGACAAGAGAUACAAGUGCAAUGACUGCGGAAAGGGUUUUAAAAGACGUAGACUUCUGGACUAUCACAUAAAGGCUGCACACACUGGUGAAAGACCCUUUAAAUGUGAAACGUGUACUGCUACUUUUGUAUAUCCAGAACAUUUUAAGAAACACAUGAGAAUUCACACAGGAGAGAAACCAUAUCUCUGCGAGGUCUGCGGUAAAGCUUUUAAUAGCAGAGAUAACAGAAACGCUCAUCGUUUUAUACAUAGUGACAAAAAACCGUACGAAUGUUUAGUUUGUGGUAUGGGAUUCAUGAGAAAACCAUUAUUGUAUGCACAUAUGCAAACGCAGGGACACUUGAACGAUACUAUCGUCGUUAAUCAACCUAGAUUAACUACAGAAGAUGAUCAAUUGAUAGCCAUUCCUGAUGAAGAUGUAGAACUUUUAAUGGAGGGCGCAGAUAACGAGCAGGUGGAAGAAACCGAACUUUAUAUAGCGGAAUUGAAGGAUCAUGUUAUCAUUCAACAGGGCGAGGAACAGAUGUAUCAUGAAGAAAAUGUUCUAAGUAUUCCUGCCGAAGACGCAAUCGGUGAAGAUGGCGUAGAGCAUCUUGUCGUAGACGGUCAGAUCAAUUUUACUGCAACCGAAGUAAUGGAAUGUAAAACAGAAGGUUCUGAACAAGUUGAGGAAGUUUAUGGGUAUAAUGAGAGCGAGGAUGGGGAAACGAUAGUUGUGCCAGCAUCUUCAGAGUACAAGGAAAUCGUUGCAGAUUCCAAAGGUGCGGUUCGUCUAGUUCAAAUAAGAAUCCCCUCAUCGGCAAAUGGGGAAGGUCGCAGUUGGUUGAACAUAGUACAAAAUACAUGAGAAGGGAUAAGGAAGGGACUCAUUGGGAUAUAAAAGCAGAGCUUGUUAAGGCGACAUGAUUCAACAAAUGCUGAUAGAGCAAAUUUCAGGAUAACUUUGCAAGCCUAACUUACACUUGUUUUAUUUUUUAAAGUGAUUAAGAUAGAUUUAUAUUCAGAUGAUAAUUUUAGGUAGUAUCCAGAUGUAGUAUAUAUACGGUUCGAUUAAAUCUUAAAACCGAAUUUUGCAUUUCUUCAUGUUCAUCUACCAUUUCACUGGCUGCGGACCAAAUUACUUUGAGUAUUAUUGUUAUAGAUUCGUUAAGUUCAUGUUCGCACUUUGUCAUUAGCAUUUAUGGGAACAUAACAUGAGAACUUAUCAUUUUUUUUAUAAUGGACCAGUUGGAGGUAAAGAAGUAACCAAUUACAUUUCACAAAAAAAAACCGUCUCAUUUACUUUCCUUUUUAAUAAAUAUACUUAAAAAAAGAA